GCGGUUGACACGGGGGCGGGGUCUGCGGCGAGAAAGCUGGCUGAGCAGUCUUAGGCUCCGGCGCCGCGUGGGGCUGGCAACUCCGCACAGCCGCCGAGGCCGCCACUCUACCGUCGGGUCACGUCGAGAAGCGGGUGUCUGAAGCCAUAUUUUAUAGAAUUAAUGGAAAUUCGACAAAACAUCACAAACCAAGAACUUUGGAAAAUGAAACCUAGGAGAAAUCUAGAAGAAGAUGAUUAUUUGAAUAAGAACUCUGGGGAGACCAGCAUGCUGAGAGAACCUGUGCUUUUGCAGAAGCUUCAGCAAAAACAAGAACUCUUCCCAGAGUGGCGCUUGCCAAUUAAAAUUGCUGCUAUUGUAUCAUCUCUGACUUUUCUUUACACUCUUCUGAGGGAAGUAAUUCACCCCUUUGUAACUUCCCAUCAGCAGUAUCUUUAUAAAAUUCCAAUCCUGGUCAUCAACAAAGUCUUGCCGAUGGUUUCCAUCACCCUCUUGGCACUGGUUUAUUUGCCAGGUGUGAUAGCAGCGGUUGUACAGCUUCGUAACGGAACCAAGUAUAAGAAAUUUCCUCACUGGUUGGACAGGUGGAUGUUAACAAGGAAACAGUUUGGGCUUCUCAGUUUCUUUUUUGCCGUCCUGCAUGCACUUUAUAGUUUAUCCUAUCCCAUGAGGCGAUCCUACAGAUACAAGUUGCUAAACUGGGCAUAUCAACAGGUGCAACAAAAUAAAGAAGAUGCCUGGAUUGAGCAUGAUGUUUGGAGAAUGGAAAUUUAUGUGUCUCUGGGAAUUGUAGCCCUUGCAAUACUGGCUCUGCUGGCUGUGACAUCUAUUCCAUCUGUGAGUGACUCUUUGACAUGGAGAGAAUUUCACUACAUUCAGAGCAAGCUGGGCAUUGUUUGCCUUCUCCUGGGCACAAUACAUGCAUUGAUUUUUGCCUGGAAUAAAUGGGUGGAUAUAAAACAGUUUGUAUGGUAUACACCUCCAACUUUUAUGAUCGCCGUUUUCCUUCCGAUUGUCGUCCUGACGUGUAAGGCCAUACUGUUCCUGCCGUGCUUGAGAAAGAAGAUACUGAAGAUCAGACAUGGUUGGGAAGACGUCACCAAAGUUAAUAAAGUCGAGAUGUCUUCCCAGUUGUAGAGUUACUGUUUACAACAUUUUUGUUCAAAUUUUAUAUAUUUGAUCAUAAGCAUUUCAAAUGUGUAUUUGUUUAAUAAAAUGACCGCUGAGGGUCUUAGUGUAUCUCUUACUCUCUGAGUGAUGAGUUUGAAAUAUGUGUAUUUCCUUUCAGAGUUGAUUCAAAGCAAGAAAUAAAAUCAUCUUCAGCACA